AUGUUUUUCCUCACCGCGUUACUUGCAACUGCACUCAGUGUCACUGGGUAUGAGCAUGUUACACCUCCUACAUUUCAGCUCGUCGUUUCCCUGACUUCGUUUGACACCCGAAACCUUUCGUCUUGGUCGGGUGGUAGUGGACAGCCACAGCAGAUCCCGUCAGGCCAGUCUCACCCUUUUGAGGCUCGCUACUUUGAUGAGGAGCACGAGCAAAUAUUGCUGGAACCCUCGACUGUGGCUGGCAGGUCAUUUCCGUAUGGUGUAUGGCCACUUUACUGGGGAGGAAACUUUAUGGACUCUGCAGAAUAUGGCGAGGACAAGGAUCCUAUUCGACCUGGAGGUCAGCUUGUUGUACAAUCCGUACGAGGCACCAAGGAGCGCUGGGGUCAAGACGAGACGGAAACAUACUAUAUGCUGACGGACCGUGAGACGUCUUUCGCAAUGAUGACGAGCUUUGUGACCUGGUGUGGUGCGGUCCCAGAGUCGUGGCCAGUACUUUUCAAUGCGACGGGUGCACCAUUGGGAGAAGGGAGAGCAGGAGAGAUGACAUUUGCAGUCGAGAAUGUACUGAGGUACUAUCGAGCAAGCAGCUUUGCGAUGCUGCAUCGAGGCUACAACAAUUCGCGUGCGCGGACGGCAGAUUCUAGUAUCCCGCUGGAGCAGAGUGACCCACUACCGGAAGCGGUCACAAGGUCAAGGUUAUACUCAUGUAUUGAGGGGGUGAUAGAAAAUGCGCUCCCUAUCUUGCACGGACCAGCGAAAGGGAAGAGCCUCGGUGUCUUCCUUGGCAUCAUGUUUGGAAUAUUUAGUUUUCCGAUCAUUGCAUUCCUGUGGUGGUUUAUCGCCUGCGUAUAUUCGUGCAUCGCGGGAUGCCUUCCAUAG